CAUAUCGCGCACUGUACUCGGCACGUUAUUUUCCGUGUGGCAAGAAUCUGAGAAGCUCGCUGCUCGCUCUAGUGUUAAAAAAGAGAAAAAUUGUUCUUUCAAGUAGUUGCGUCAUCCACAUGGUUUUGUCUGAAGUGAAAUAAAUUAGAAAUAAUUUAAUAAGUACGUUAAAUACACAAUUACAACAAUGUUAACAGCAACGCGGGUGAUAAGCCGAAAGGCGUUGGACUGUUCCGGGAUUUCAGAUAUCUAUACGCACAGAAAUUUCUCCUCGAUUCUCAAAAAUAGCGCAGCUCCCACAGUACCAAUCUACCAACAACAUGGAUUACAACAAAGGCAUAAGUCGGAGGGCGUUCGUGGUGCUGUCAUCGGUAUCGACUUGGGAACAACAAACUCCUGUGUCGCUGUUAUGGAGGGGAAGACUCCCAAGGUAGUCGAAAACAGCGAAGGUUCCAGAACGACGCCCUCCCACGUGGCCUUCAGCAAGGAUGGCGAACGAUUGGUCGGUAUGCCCGCCAAGAGACAAGCCGUCACCAACAGCGGGAACACUUUCUACGCUACCAAGCGUCUCAUCGGACGGAGGUUCGAGGAUCCCGAGGUCCAGAAGGACAUGAAGAAUUUGUCUUACAAAGUCGUCAAGGCAUCGAAUGGCGACGCUUGGGUUCAAGGAAGCGAUGGAAAAGUCUACUCGCCGAGUCAAAUUGGUGCAUUCGUUCUGAUGAAGAUGAAAGAAACGGCCGAAGCUUAUCUGAACACGAGCGUGAAGAACGCCGUCGUGACUGUGCCGGCUUACUUCAACGAUUCCCAGCGACAGGCCACCAAGGACGCCGGACAAAUUUCUGGUUUGAACGUGUUGCGUGUGAUCAACGAACCGACCGCCGCCGCUCUCGCCUACGGCAUGGACAAGACCGAGGAUAGAGUUAUCGCAGUAUACGAUCUCGGCGGUGGAACAUUCGACAUAUCCGUGCUCGAAAUUCAAAAGGGUGUUUUCGAAGUGAAAUCCACCAAUGGCGACACUUUACUCGGCGGUGAGGACUUCGACAACGUCAUCGUUAACUUCCUCGUGGACGAGUUUAAGAGAGAUCAAGGUAUCGAUAUCCGCAAAGACGCAAUGGCCAUGCAACGUCUCAAGGAGGCCGCUGAGAAGGCUAAGAUUGAACUGUCCGGUUCCCUGCAGACCGACAUUAACCUACCCUAUCUCACUAUGGAUGCUUCAGGACCGAAGCACAUGAAUCUGAAGAUGAGCCGCUCGAAGCUGGAGUCGCUGGUGGGCGACCUGAUCCGGCGCACGGUGGCGCCGUGCCAGCGCGCGCUGCAGGACGCCGAGGUGGCGCGCACCGACGUGGGCGAGGUGCUGCUCGUGGGCGGCAUGACCAGGAUGCCCAAGGUGCAGGCCACGGUGCAGGAGAUCUUCGGGCGGGCGCCGUCGCGCGCCGUCAACCCCGACGAGGCGGUGGCCGUGGGCGCCGCCGUGCAGGGCGGCGUGCUGGCCGGCGACGUCACCGACAUCCUGCUGCUCGACGUCACGCCGCUGUCGCUCGGCAUCGAGACGCUGGGCGGCGUGUUCACCAAGCUCAUCACGCGCAACACCACCAUCCCCACCAAGAAGAGCCAGGUCUUCUCCACGGCUGCUGACGGCCAAACUCAGGUCGAGAUCAAGGUUCACCAAGGCGAGCGUGAAAUGGCGACAGACAACAAACUCCUCGGACAGUUCUCCCUCGUCGGUAUCCCGCCAGCUCCGCGAGGCGUUCCACAGAUCGAGGUCACAUUCGACAUUGACGCUAACGGCAUCGUACACGUAUCGGCGAGAGACAAGGGUACCGGCAAAGAACAACAAAUCGUGAUCCAGUCAUCGGGCGGUCUGUCCAAGGACGAGAUCGAGAACAUGGUGAAGGCGGCCGAACAGUUCGCAGCGGCUGACAAGGAUAAGCGUGAGCGGGUGGAGGCCACCAACCAGGCCGAGGGUAUCCUACACGACACCGACACCAAGCUGGACGAGUACCGCGCGCACUUGCCCCAGGACGAGUGCGACAAGCUCCGCGGUGAAAUGGCCAAGCUCCGUGAACUGCUAGCACAGAAGGAGACGGCGGACCCUGAGGCAAUCCGCACAGCAACCGGCCAGUUGCAACAAGCCAGCUUAAAACUCUUCGAACAAGCGUACAAGAAGAUGGCAGCCGAACGCGAAGGUGCGUCAUCCGGAGCGUCCCAAACACAGACACCGAGCGAAGACGAAAAGAAGGAAGAGAAGAAGAAUUAAUUUAAA